AUGAAAUUGCAAGCUUUUAUAUUUUGUGGGUCUGGUGGGAAACUAUCGCCAUUUGUUCAACCACAGGUCCACCAUGGUGUCAGCAAUGGGCUGCCAAAGGCUCUUUUGCCUGUUGGUAAUAGGGCUAUGUUGGAAUAUGUGUUGGAUUGGUGUGACCAGGCUGCUUUUACAGAGAUUCAUGUGGUUGCUUGGCAUGAAGAGAUUGAACAGAUACAAGAGGGAUUAUUACCUUAUUUAAACUUGAGAAGCGAACAGUUCGAGUUGGUUGCGAAAUCUCUGACUCAGUCGUACCACAGUCAUCAUUUGCAUAAACCUAAGCAGAUUAACUUCAUCGCUUCUAAGUGUAACACCACUGGGGAAUCAUUUCAAAAAGAGUUAUUGGAAAAAAUCACUGGCGAUUUCGUUCUAUUACCUUGUGAUUUCAUUACAGAUAUACCUCCACAGAUUUUGAUAGAUCAAUUCAGCAAUAGAGACGAUGAUAACGUAGCUAUGACCGUCUAUUACAAGAACUCGAUGGAAAACAUCGACAAGAAACAAAUGGGCAAACAGUUUUUCACUAUUUAUUCUGAGAAUUCUGAAACUGAUAAACAACCUGUUCUUUUGGACGUGUACGCCAAGGACGAUGUGGCUAAAACAAAAUACUUACAAAUCAGAAACCAUAUGCUUUGGAGAUAUCCAAACGCAACCGUAUCAACCAAAUUAUUAAAUUCAUUUAUUUACUUUUGUACUUACGAUUUGGUUAAACUAUUAUCAGUCGAUGAUUCAAACGAUAAAAACAACAAUGGUGACAGCACAAACGAGGACGAAACUAACGAUGUCCAACCUAUAGAUUUAACAGAGAUCAAACCUAGAUACUUUAAAAAGGAUUCGAAGUUAAUCAAAGAUCAGAUCAAUUGCAAAAGAUCACUAGCCAAAAUAUUCAGAGAUCUUGGAAGACGUUCAUGGCAACAUUCUGAAGAAAGGGAAACCCUGGGUAUCUUUAUUUUGCCUGAUGUUUCCAGCUUCAUUAGAGGUAACAAUUUGAAUUCUUACAUGGAAUCAAACAGAUAUAUAUUAAAGAUAAAAGCUCAAAGUGCUACUAAACAUGGCCAAACCAAUGCUUCUUCAUCUGCUAUUGGUGUCGAUUCCGUCGUUGGCCAACGUUGUACAAUUAUGGAAAAAAGUAAUAUCAAGAUGUCUGCUAUUGGGCAAGGUUGUAAAAUCGGCAAACGUUGUCGUAUUGCAGGUUCCAUCUUGUUGCCUAAUGUUGAAGUUGAAGAUGAUGUCAUAUUGGAAAAUGUAAUCAUAGGACCACACGCAAAGAUUGAAAAGAAGAGUAAAUUGACAAACUGUUACGUUGAAGGUUACUACGUCGUCGAACAAAGAAGUACAUUAAAGGGUGAAACCUUGACUAAGACACACAUUGAUUCUGAAGAUGAAGUAAGUAGCAAUGUUGCAUACAGUAGUUCUGGAGAAGAAGAUUCUGAAGAAUACUCUGACAAUUAUUAUGAUGAUGAAGAAUUUGAAGAUGAUGGUCUUUUCGAACGUUAA